AUGAGGAAGCCUCGGCGGAGGUCCCGGCAGGCCUUGGAGGGCAGACGCUCUCCCUCGCCCUACAGCCUCAAGUGCUCCCCGACUCGGGAGACGCUGACCUACGCCCAGGCCCAGCGCAUCGUGGAGGUGGACAUCGACGGACGGCUGCACCGCAUCAGCAUCUACGAUCCCCUGAAAAUCAUCACUGAGGACGAGCUGACAGCCCAGGACAUCACAGAGUGCAACAGCAACAAGGAGAACAGCGAGCAGCCCCUCUUCCCUUCCAGGUCUAGGAAGACACCUUCCAAAGGCAAGAAGAAGGAGUCCUGCUCCAAACGUGCAUCAGGGACAUCCUUACACUUACCCCAACCCAAGUUCCGCCUGGUGGACUCCUUCAGCCAGCCAGAGGCUGCUCCUCUCCCUGCCGCCUACUACCGGUACAUCGAGAAGCCUCCUGAGGACCUCGAUGUUGAGGUGGAGUAUGACAUGGAUGAGGAGGAUCUGGCGUGGCUGGAAAUGGUCAAUGAGAAGAGGAAGGACGAUGGUUAUGGGACAGUUUCUGCAGACACCUUUGAGCUGCUGGUGGAUCGGUUGGAAAAGGAAUCGUACCUGGAGAGCCGCAACAACAGCGCUCAGCAGUCCCUCAUCGACGAGGAUGCCUUCUGCUGUGUCUGCAUGGAUGAUGAGUGUCACAACAGCAAUGUCAUCCUCUUCUGUGACAUCUGCAACCUGGCCGUGCACCAGGAGUGCUACGGCGUGCCCUACAUCCCUGAGGGGCAGUGGCUCUGCCGCUGCUGCUUGCAGUCCCCUUCUCGCCCUGUGGAUUGUGUCCUUUGCCCAAACAAAGGUGGAGCCUUCAAGCAGACCAGCGAUGGCCGCUGGGCUCACGUGGUUUGUGCCAUCUGGAUCCCGGAGGUCUGCUUCGCAAACACUGUGUUCCUAGAGCCCAUUGAAGGGAUAAAUAACAUCCCCCCGGCUCGGUGGAAGCUCACGUGCUACAUCUGCAAGCAGAAGGGCAUGGGAGCUGCUAUCCAGUGCCACAAGGUGAACUGUUACACUGCCUUCCAUGUCACCUGUGCCCAGAGGGCUGGGCUCUUCAUGAAGAUUGAACCCAUGAGGGAGACCAACAUCAACGGCACCACGUUCACCGUGCGCAAGACUGCCUACUGCGGGAGUCAUUCCCCGCCGGGCACCAUCAGAAAAGGCUCUUCAGCUGCUAGUGCCGAGGGGCAGGCAGGCACUGUGAAGGAGGAGAGAGAGGAGGAACCCAUUUGUAGCCCUCCCAAAGGAUCUCUGAAGAAGAACCAGGUGAAGUUGAAGCAGAAGAUCAAAAAGGAGCCUGGUGACGUGACCAGCGGGCGUUCGUCUGUGCCCAUGGUGACAGUCACACAGAUCCCCUCUUACAGGCUGAACAAAAUCUGCAGUGGCCUCUCCCUGCAGAGGAAGAACCAGUUCAUGCAGAGGCUCCACAGCUACUGGCUGCUGAAGCGGCAGGCACGGAACGGGGUGCCCCUGAUCCGGCGCCUGCACUCGCACCUCCAGUCCCAGAGGAACGCCGAGCAGAAGGAGCAGGAUGAGAAGACCACUGCAGUGAAGGAGGAGCUGAAGUACUGGCAGAAGCUGCGGCACGACCUGGAGCGGGCACGGCUGCUGGUCGAGCUGAUCCGCAAGAGGGAGAAGCUCAAACGGGAGCAGGUCAAGGUUCAGCAGGCUGCUAUGGAGCUACAGCUGACCCCUUUCAACGUCCUUCUGCGCACCACGCUGGACCUGCUGCAGGAGAAGGAUGCUGCCCAGAUCUUUGCAGAGCCUGUGAACUUGAAAGAGGUUCCAGAUUACCUGGAAUUCAUUUCCAACCCAAUGGAUUUUUCCACCAUGAGGCGGAAGCUGGAGUCCCACCUGUACCGAACCUUGGAUGAGUUUGAGGAAGACUUUAACCUUAUAGUUGCCAACUGCAUGAGGUAUAAUGCUAAAGAAACGAUUUUCCACCGAGCAGCUGUCCGCCUCAGGGACCUGGGGGGAGCCGUCCUGCGCCAUGCACGGCGGCAGGCUGAAAGCAUCGGCUUUGACCCUGCUGUGGGGCUUCACCUGCCUGAGUCACCCAAAACCAAGGACUUUUACCGCUUUUCUUGGGAGGAUGUGGAUAACAUCCUCCUCCCGGAGAACCGUGCUCACCUCUCCUUGGAGGCCCAGCUGAAGGAGCUGCUGGAGAAGCUGGACUUGGUGAGCAGCAUGAGGUCCAGCGGCGCCCGGACGCGACGCAUGCGGCUGCUGAGGAGGGAGAUCAACUCCGUUCGGCAGAGGCUGGCCCAGCAGCAGAGCAAGACCCUGCCCAACGGGGAGCCUGUGCCAUGGGAGGAGGGGCUGGAGAAGACAACGAGGGAAGGGGAGGAGGAAGGGGAGAAAGAUGAAGCCAAGCCCCCACACCCUCCAACCCUGGAGCCCACGGGACCUGCACCCUCCCUCUCAGAGCUGGACUCUCUGCAGGACCCUCCAAAGCUCAAACCCAUCAGUGACAGCAAGUCCCUGAAUCAGCUGCAGAAGAGGAUGGUGUCAGACAGGGAGCUCUUUGAGAAGCAGGCUCUGGAGCGGGAGAGCAAAGCCUUCCAGCGCCUGCUCAGCGACAGGGGCCUCAACGGGCUGGCCCUGCCGCCCCCCGACAGCCCCGACAGCCCCUGCCUGGGCGGCGUGGGCCGCAGGACAUCUGUGCUCUUCAAAAAGGCUAAGAACGGGGUGAAGCUGCAGAGGGGCCUGGACUGCUCCCUGGAGAACGGGGAGGACCGUGGGCAGCGUUCCCCUGCCCGCCCUGCUGCCGAGCGCCCGGCGCGCAAGAGGACACAGAGCAGGGCCUGCAGCGACAGCGAGGGAGAGAAGUCCCCCAGGCAGGCAGGGCAGAGAGGGGUCACCAAUGGCUUCAUGAAGCACACUGAGAGUGGCUCUGACUCCGAGUGCAGCUCUGGCCUGGCUGGUGGACUGGUGUUUGAAGCCUGCAGCCCAAGCACUGCAACCUCCUCCUUUCCCUCUCUCUAGAUAAUCGAUCCCAAGAUGCCACGUGAGGGUUUGCUCCACAAUGGAGUCCCCAUUCCAGUCCCACCCCUGGAUGUGUUGAAGCUGGGGGAGCAGAGGCAAACAGAGGCAGAAGAAAAGCUCUUCCUUGUCCUUUUCUUUGACAACAAGAGAACCUGGCAGUGGCUCCCACGGGACAAGGUCUAUCCCCUGGGCGUGGACGACACCGUGGACAAGCUGAAGAUGAUGGAAGGUCGCAAGAGCAGCAUCCGCAAGUCGGUGCAGGUGGCCUACGACCGCGCCAUGAGCCACAUGAGCCGCGUGCGGGGGGACCACCCCUUCCUCACCUCCACCUACCUGUAAGGCCUGGGGCUGCCUGG